AUGAGUGGUAUCGGUGACGCAAUAAGCAGGAAGUUUUACCAAGUUAAAACGCACGUCGGCGCCGGACAGAAAACAGUUGACUCUGAUGUUCAGUACUCCAAGACUAAAUUAGGCGAAUCCCACAAAAAAUUUAAGAACGUCUUAGCAGUCAUUCAGAAGCUGGCACCGACACUUCACGCAACCAACUUGAUGCAGGUUGAAGUCCUCACAACACUAGGCGACACGAUUAAAGGUGAACAGACAUCUGAUACAUUGUCUCAUGUUGAAAGUGUCAUUUCGACGUUCCAAGAAAUCGAUGAAGGUGUCAACGAGUACCAAAACAGACUUGAACAGGACAUCAUUGUUCCUCUUAAAACGUAUUUGGACCAAUUCAAAACACUUGAAAAACGGUUUGAGACAUGCCACUCGAGACGUGUUGAUAUGGACAGAUUCCACGACAGUGUUCUUUCUAUUUCUAAAAAACCACCAGGAAAGCAAACGGGUCUUGCCGAAUCACAAAACAAAUACAAUGUUGCUCGUGACCUCUAUAACUAUUUGAGAGAUGAAUUAAUUGCCGAUGUCGACAAGUUAAGUUCGUCUGCAGAUGAUGUAGUCUCGCCAAUAGUUGGGACUUUACUCGUGAGUUAUACUGAUUAUCUGAACCACUUAAAUAACUACUGGGGAAAGGCAUCAGAGGCGGCAACAAAUUUCAAAAUUCAGGCUCUCGACCCAACCCCUAUUAUCACACCGGGUGAAGCUUCUAUGGUUAUUGACGCUAAUGUAUUCUCCAAAAAGAACAACGACGUUGCUGAUGGGUCAUACGAACCAUCUGAAUUUGAAAAUUCGACACCAUCAAGUGCGGCAAGAACGUCAACAAGCAGUGGAAAGAGAGCACCACCACCCCCACCAACACGUGGACCGAAAAAGGAACAGGUCAAGUGCGAGUAUGACUAUACGGCACAAGACCAAGGAGAGUUGUCAUUUAAAGAAGGCGAUCUUAUUGAGGUGAUCAAAAAGGAAGGCGAUUGGUGGUUAGGAGAAUUGAAUGGACAACAAGGGUAUUUCCCUUAUAACUACACAACUCCAGUCUAA